CUUCUUCUCGCGCGACCCUUCUGAGUUUCACCGGUCGUUCUCUCCGCUUUAGCUUCCUAGCCCUCCGAGCCAAGUAAGCUUCUCUCCUCUUCUUAUUAGCUUUCUUUUCUCCAUUUUUCUUCCCGGUAAAUGUCUUCCCCAGAUAGUCAAGACAUUUCCGCCUCGGAUGCCCGCGCAUCCGAGGAAUCCCUUUCCUCUUCUUCUUCGACCGGGUCGUCUUCCCCCAUUCCUCAACCCCGGUCGAUUCCAAAUCCCAACAUCCCUGAACCGCAGCCGGUAAAUCAGAUGCCCGGUCAGGUUUUUCAGGAGAGGGAUGCACCGGUGGAAGAUGAACCGGCUCCCUAUGACCCUGAAAAUGAGUCGUACGAGGCAUGGGAGGACCGGCUGGAAGCAGCCGGUUAUUCUCCUCUCCCUACCAGUUACCCCUUAGACAUUCCUCCCCGGGUUUCUAAGAUUGCUCAAAAUAAAGCCCGCAGGAAUCUCCCGGCGGGGUAUGUUCUCGAGUAUGACCCCAACUGGCCCAACAUCAUCGAGCCCCAUCGAGACGAUAGGGUAGGUUUUCACAUCAUUUCUCUAGAGAGUGGGACCGUCUUCCCCCUUCGUCCCCUUUUGAUUGAAUUGUGCCGUUGUUUCAAAAUUCUACCCGGGCAAAUUACACCCAAUGCCCACCGGUUCCUUAAUGCUUUCGUAAACAUCUGUGUUGAGCUCAAAAUCGAUCCCUCCCUUCGCUUGUUUCUCUAUCUUUUUGAAGUCCUCCCCGGUAAGUCAGGUUAUGACGGUUAUGUUUACUUCAGAGGCCGCAAUGGUCGCCAAUUCAUCUCCGACCUUCCACAAAGCAACCAGCAGUGGAAGGAGAAAUUUGUUUUCAUAAAAUUUCCCGAUGUUUCCCCCCUGGCCGGGAUAAGGUGGAACGACCAUAUUCUGAAGUCACAGUAUACCGAGCCGGCCAGAGCUCCUGACUUGGAGGAGAGUUUAGAGAAGCUUCUCCAGGGGGACCCCUUCACCGGGCAGAUGUUCCACUAUGGGGCCUGGAUCUGGAGGAUCCAACCGGGUGGCAAGGGUACCCCUCAGGCCCAGGAGGCAGCGGGGCACGGGGUACCCUCCCCGGGCAACACUGCUGAGGCCGGGGGCCCCAGCCACCCAGAUAUGAAUUUCAGGUCCUACGGCAUUCCCAAGACGACCGGUGGACCUUCUUCUGCCGGUCCAUCUUCAAAAACAAUACCGGUCCAGAAGGAGACGGUUGAGAUCCAUUCUGAGGAGGAAACUCCUCUGACCGGGGAGGCGGCUCAGACAGGGAAGGAUGCGGUGAAUCCUUCCCCAAUGGGCGAAGUCAGGUCCGACGCCUUGGAACAGCUCACCGAAGAUUCUUCCUCCCGGUUAGCCCAGCUGGAAGAAAAGUUGAAGAGGUUCGAGGCCCAUAACCGGGAGCUUAAGGAGCUGACGGCCCGGCAGCUAGAUGAGAUGGCCAAUCUUUCAGCGAUUGCCGGGGGGCAAAGGCGGAGACUCUCCAGCUGAAGGAAGAAAACCUGAAGCUGAUGGAGGAGUUGGAGGCCAAGGAGCGAGAGUUUCCCGGUAGGGCCCGCCAGUGGAUGGAGGAGAACUUGGUGGAAGCUGCCCGAGUACUUACUUCUUCUUAGGAAAGGACGAUGGAAGGCUUCAAGCUGCUCUACCGGGAGGAGCAAGGGAAAGAGAUGAUUACCCAGAUUGGCUCCUACGGUUU